AUGUCGUCCUCGGCGCCUCGCUCCGGCGAGCGCAUGAUUCACCAGGAUUUCAUCGCCCGCAUCCGCUUCAGCAAUGCGCUCCCGCCGCCGCCUCACCCGCCCAAGCUGCUCGACAUCCCCAACACGGGCCUGGCUAGUGGCCAGUAUACCACGCCCGGUUUCGCCUCGCGCCUUGCCAGGGAGCAGCCCCUGAACAUCGAGGCCGAUGCCGAGCUGGGAAUGCCGCUCGACCUGGUGGGCAUGCCAGGCGUCUUCGAUGGCGACGAACGAUCAAUCCAAGCACCUGCUCACCCUCCUACCCUUCACCCACACGACCGACCGCUCCUGAGGCCCAUUGCCGCUCUCGGAAAGCUCAAGGUCGCCGAAGCCAACGUAUCCUUCCUUCGUCGAACCGAGUACAUCUCCUCCACGUCCACCAAACGACACGAUGGCCCCCUGCCUCGCGCUCUCCUCGCCAAAGCCCAGAGGGGACGACGUGUCGUGGAAGCUUCUGCAGACUCCCCCCAGGCCAUCAAGCGCAAGAUCGACAAGGGCUUCGACGUUGCCGAGCAAGACCUCAAGGAACCCAAGCGCGUCAGGCACCCCACAAAGAAGCAUCUCAAGCUGGUGGAUGCCUCGCCUCUCAUUCCUGAUCUGGACGCGUUCCCAGAUUCAGGCGCCUACGUCACCCUCAAGUUCCUCACAAACCCUGUGCCGAGCUCAGCGGAGUACGACAAACGCCUCCUCAGCGGCAUGUUCAAGCCCAUAGAUCGGACGCAAGCCGAGGAGGAGGCGUACGAGGCCGCACUGGAGGCCCACGAGCAGGAUCCUGCCAACAACCCCAAGCCACAGAACCUGAUGAACUACGACUUCUACCUCAGCCAAUCGGGCGGCGCUGGCGACCGCUUCCGUCGCAAGUUCGACGUCGAGAACCCCGACCACGGCGACGAGGAGCUUUACACAAACGAGACCGACACCGGCGGCUGCUUCCAGUUCGAUCGCCUCCGUGCCUACGAGACGGCCCAGGAGACGGAGCUCGACCACCCGACCAAGUACGACGAGGAGAUUAUCCUGGCCUACAACGAGGACACCUUCUACCCCAACCAGAAGGCCGUCUACUACUACCCCGUGAUGCAAAAGUCCACCAUCCGCCCCCAGCGAACAAAGAACAUCGCCCGCACCAUCGGCCUCCCCGACGAGGAGGAACAGAUUGUCGACCAGCUCGACGUCACCGUCAACGAUCCCACCGAGGAGAUGCGCGACGCCAUGAAGAGGUACCGAGACCACCCGCUCGGCUGGGAGCAGGAGGAGGAGGCCGACGACGAUCACCACGGCAGCAGCCCCGCGCCUCGACGCUCGAGGUCACCCUCCGAAGACCGGGACGCGGAGGGCGAGGAGGACGAGUAG